CGAAUUCAAUCAUAUCGACAAAAUGGCCAAGAGUUCACGAGCAAGCACCAAAAAGGCCAACAACAGGCGCCUUGUCAAGAAUGUCUUUGGACCUGCUGAGGCUGCCCGAAAUGAGCGCCUCUCUGCCAAACUUCUCGAGGUGGCCAAGCAGCCCAAGCCUGAGUCUUCAGAUGUGAACAUGAACACUGAAGAGGAGACCAACGAAUCCAACGAGGAUGCUCAAGAAGAGACGACAAUGGAUGUGGACUCUGUGAAGAAGCCUUCCAGUGGACGUAUCGAGAAGAAGCGACCCGAUAAGCGCAAGCAACAAUCCAGCAAGAUUACCUUCAAGUCUUAUGGCAGUCGAUCAAAGGGAAAGGGCAAGAAGAAGAGUGCUUAAAAUGGAUCAUUUCGUUUACCAGGUUCAGGUUCUGUUUCUCUUUUCACUGUAUCGGCGUUUAGCAGCAAAAUCUUAGGUCAAUCUCAAUGAAUCUGUAUCUAAUACCCG